CUUUCCCUGCCUCCAUCUCUCUUUCUCUCCUCCCCUUUUCGUUCCUCUCUUUCUAGCUUCUUGCACUCUUGCUCAGAAAAAUAAUCAAUGGAGGCUCUCAGACUAGAAGCUCGAGCAUUAGGGUCCCUCUCAGGGGGUUCCACCCCGCUCAAGGCCCUUCUCCCUGGGGCAGAGGGCCUCGUCCUUCCCCCUGGAGAUCCAGAGCUGUGCCGGGAGCAUGGAGAGACGUUUACCUUGUUCUGUGUGGAUGACCUGGAGCCAGUGUGCAGUCAGUGUGGACUGACUGAGACCCACGCGGGGCACAGAGUCUACCCCAUAACGGAGGCUGUACCUGACUGUAAGGGGGAGCUGAACUCUUCACUGGGGAAGCUGCUCGGGAAGAGCAGGAGGUUUGAGAAGGUUACACGGAUCUUUGAACACGCCUCCCAACACAACCAGAGCCAUGCCCAGCAGACAGAGAGACAGAUAAAGGAGGAGUUUGAGAAGCUGCACCAGUUCCUGAGAGAGGAGGAGGAGGCCAGGCUAGCCAGGGUGAGGGAGGAAGAGGAGGAGAGGAAUAGAGUGAUGAAGGAGAAGAGAGAGAGAGUGGGAAAAACGAUGGAGCUGCUGGCUAAAACCAUCCGAGAGAUCGAGGAAGAGAUGGAAGACAGGGAUGACAUCGCCUUUCUGCAGAAUUACCAGGAGACAGUAAAGAG